GUUCACAAUUCCCUCGCUGUUCUUCCUUUUUCCUAUCUAGACAAAUAAUUCCGUCCUUCUUAGCUAGCUCAACUGAUCCUUCCGUGGAGCCCAUCGACUGUCCGCUAGUCUAGUCAAUCCUUCUUGCACACAGUCUCAUAGACACAUCUAAACCCGCCGACAAAAAGCCAUGACUUCCGAGGAACCUCCGGCCUUCAACCUGACCGAGGUUGAUCGUCAAGUCCUCGCGCAGACCGACGAGGAGUUUGUGCUUCAUGACUGGGAGGAUCUCAAGUCCAUCAUCGCACGCAACGAUCUCGGCAUCCUAAAACGGAAACCCUCCGAUCUAACCCGUUACCUAUCCUGGUCGCAUAAAACCAAGCAACAAUACGGCUCUAUCACAAACUACAUCUGUCAGAAGCGUCUAGGCUGGACUGAUACUAUCCCCUCUUCCCCAUCUUCAUCAUCCACUAUCACCACCCCAUCCACAUCCACCCCAACUUCCACCACCACCACAAGCACAGAAACCACCACCUUCCCCUACAAAAACCCCAUCCCGUUCGCAGAACCAUCCGAUUACAAGAUCCUGCGUAAUGACUGGCCCUACGGUCUCGCGCCGGGGAUCUCGCAUAUUGUAGUGUGGUUGCGGACCCCUGUGGCCGUCAAGGAAGAGAACGGGGACGUGACGGAUGAGUCGCGGGCGUUGAUCGAGGCGUUUGUGCAAAGGACGUUUGUGGAUGCGGUGGUGAGAGAUGAAGGGGUGAGUGAGGCGGAGGCCAGGGAUCGCGUGCUGUGGUUUAAGAACUGGGCGGCGUUGCAGAGUGUGAGGAGUUUGGAACAUGUUCAUGUUUUGGUGAGGGAUGUGUCGGAGAGGUUGUUGGUUGAGUGGACCGGGGAGGAGGGGGUCAAGCGGUAAUUCUUUUGCAGUUGAUGUGAGGAUUUGAUAUACAGGAUGGGGGUAAUUAAGACACAGAUAGAUGAGUGGAGGAGCGAAGACAUCAUUUACGAGAUAGAUCACGACAGACGCAAUUGGACAAAUCGCCAAUAGAACUUGGAAAGAAGAACAUAAGAUUGGGAAUCUCGAAUCAAUCGAAAAAGAAAUCGACCGGACCUGUAGCGUACAUAAAAAGAGGCAGCAGUAUAAACUAAGAAAGACUAGAUAAAAACAAAUAAGAA